UCAAUCCAAGCCUGCAACAGAGACAUCCGGAGAAUCAUGGAGGACAACACCGGCAGUAAUCCCCAGUCCGUGGGAUUAACAGAGAAACUGAAGUCGUGGCUCUCUUGGUCAUGGACAUAUGUUUGCUUCAUCUGGUUGACCAUGGUGCUGGUGAUGAUAUACGUGCUGUGGAGUCCGCUUAAACUGCAGGAAAGCCUCACCUCAGCCUCAGUGUUUUUAAAUACACUUACCCCGAAAUUCUAUGUGGCUCUCACGGGAACCUCCUCUCUUAUCUCUGGACUCAUCCUUAUAUUUGAGUGGUGGUAUUUUCGUAAAUAUGGCACCUCCUUUAUUGAACAAGUGUCUGUGAGCCACCUGCGACCUCUCCUGGGAGGAGUUGAAAGCAGCUCCACUACUGGACUGUUCUCAUCCGUAAAUGGAGAUGCAGAGCCAAGGCCUAGUGUUUCAGAAUGUAAGGUCUGGAGGAAUCCUCUUAAUCUGUUCAGAGGAGCAGAAUAUAACCGAUACACCUGGGUAACAGGGAAAGAACCUCUGACAUAUUAUGACAUGAACCUCUCUGCUCAAGACCAUCAGACCUUCUUCACAGGAGACACGCAGCAGUUAAAGCCAGAAGAUGCCGUGAUGCAAAAAGCCUGGAGAGAGAGAAAUCCUCAAGCCAGGAUCAGAGCAGCUUAUCAGGCUAUAGAACUAAACCACGACUGUGCUGCUGCCUACGUACUUUUAGCAGAAGAAGAAGCCACAACGAUCACAGAAGCCGAACGCCUCUUCAAAAAAGCUCUUACUAUUGCUGGAAAAGACAUCAACCUGCUGGUGUACAUUAAACGCAGACUGGCUAUGUGUGCACGCAAACUGGGGAGGAUUAAAGAAGCCGUAAAAAUGAUGAGAGAUUUAAUGAAGGAGUUCCCUCUGCUGGGAAUGUUAAAUAUUCAUGAAAAUCUUCUGGAGGCUUUACUAGAGCUGCAGGCCUACGCCGAUGUCCAAGCAGUUCUCGCCAAAUAUGACGACAUCAGUUUGCCAAAAUCAGCCACAAUAUGUUACACAUCUGCGUUGUUGAAAGCACGGGCUGUGUCAGAUAAGUUUUCUCCAGAGGCAGCUUCCAGACGGGGACUGAGCACAGCAGAGAUGAACGCAGUGGAGGCGAUACACAGAGCUGUGGAGUUCAAUCCACACGUGCCAAAGUACUUAUUAGAGAUGAAGAGUCUGAUCCUGCCUCCAGAGCACAUCCUGAAGAGGGGCGACAGUGAGGCCGUAGCCUACGCCUUCUUUCACCUUCAGCACUGGAAACGUGCAGAAGGAGCCUUAAACCUUUUACACUGCACGUGGGAGGGAACCUUCCGGAUAAUUCCUUACCCUCUUGAGAAGGGUCACUUGUUUUAUCCUUACCCAGGAUGCACAGAGACAGCAGACAGGGAACUCCUGCCCGCGUUCCACGAGGUCUCUGUGUAUCCAAAGAAAGAGCUUCCCUUCUUCAUCCUCUUCACAGCAGGCCUUUGCUCCUUCACUGCCAUACUGGCCAUGCUCACACACCAGUUCCCUGACCUGAUGGGUGUCUUUGCCAAAGCAUUUUUCAGCACACUCUUCGCACCCUUGGGUUUCUUCGCAGACAAGAUGGAAAGCUUCUUGCCGUCCAGUUUCUGGCACCAGCUGACUCGGAUCUGACCCCAUAGCGCACUCUAUCUCUCUCACUCGCACACACACACACACACACACACACACACACACCAAUACCAUUUAGAAGAAAAGUGUUUGCUCUCCUGUCUUCAGCAUUACUGUCCACUUGCUGCACUGUUACUGAUUAUGUUGGCUGAGGUUGUAUCAACACAGCGAACCAUCUCAUAAGAUGCUCUCCCACACCGUCCCAGCAGUUUUUCCAAGAACACAUUGAAAUGCUUUUAGUCUCAGUGAAUUCACAGGGCCAUUUAUUUGUCAGCAUGUUGCGAUAGGGACGAAGGGGGAAAUUAUGAUAUUUUAUUAUUAUUAUUAUUAUUAUUAUUAUUGGUGUGGUUUAAAAUCAAUAGUGACCGGUGUGUUUGAACACACACACACACACCGUCUGUGGAUCAGGACAUUGGUGACAGAAACCUCCGUGUCCUAUAAAAACCUCCGUGACCUGCAGACAGUCAGAGAGACCGUCCUAAAAACAGAGCUGUGAUUUACAGCCCUGCAGUCACUGCAGUGUACACAACGCCUCUGGCACUUGAACAGUUGUUACCAUAGCGUGACACCUCAGCACUAUAUCACUGGGGCAACCGGCCGCCCUGCAGCAGGGGCACCGCACCAGGAAUCAGCUGUGGUCACAGUAGAGGCUGCUCCGUGACAUCAUUCAUUUUUUUAAUUGUAACCUUGGCUGGUGCAAAAAAAAAAAAGUACACGCAGUACUGUGCAAACGUUUGAGGCAGGUGUAUACGUUUACUACACCGUUCCUUGAUUGUAGACUUUUAAUUAAUUAAAUUAAUUUAAACAAAUAUAGAGAAGCAGAAUGUUGUUCUCCACAACAUGAAACAUUUUCCAGUUUUCCUGGACCAUUUUGGCAGGCAUAAAAAAAGGAGUUUAAGCUUUGUCCUUUGAAGCUGUCACAGGCAAGCCCCCCCGUACCCCCGCCCAGAAGACGAACAGUAGUGCAACAAGUUGUACUAUUGUUGUACUGCCCACAGUCUGCAGCUCUUAUAAAAAACUAAAUUAAACUCAUGCCUUUUAAAGUUCAGUGUCAUUGAGUACGAGCUUAUGUUUUUUUACUUUUGCUUUAAAUCAGCUCAGGGACGCAAUUCAAAAAUAUUAACCAAAUUAAUUAGAGGCUUUGUAAGUAAUCAAUCGCAAUUAUUCAAAUUUUUAUCGAAAUGUGUAAAGCUAAUACCUUCAACACUCCAAACUUUUUUGUCUUGAACUUCGUCGCCUUCGUCGCCAUCCAACAGGUCAGACAGUGCAGACAAAACUUUUUUGUAUGCUGAUUUCAGUGGUGUAUUACUGCCACCUACAGGGCUGCAGUGUGUGCAUCGGUGUCACCAGUGCACCAGAAUACAGCACAAUUAUACUUUCUGUAAUUUAUCGCAAUUUACACCUGUAAAAGAAAAAUAAGUCUCUGAUUAUUUCGAUGUGUACACCCGCCUAAAACUUUUGCACAGUACGGUUCACGUCUUCCUACUUUUUAGUGUGAGCAGCGUUAGGAGACGGUAAAAAAGUGCCUUUUUACUAUAAGAGAACUUGAACUGAGUCAUUCAACUGCACUCCUCCAAUUUAAAAAGGCUUCACAAUUCAGUCAUGAAAAUCUGGAAAGUCUGUCAUUUUUAAUCCGACAGUUUGGUGUCAAAUGUUCUAUGUAUGCACUUGGUGAAACAGCUUCUACCUCUGGGUUGAAUUUUUUUUUUUUACUUUUUUUUUCAAUCUUCUUGAAAAGUUAGCAGAUUAGCAGAUUUUUAUCUGCUGAGACGUUAGGAGUUAAAGUCCCACCUACAUGUGAAGUGGUCAGUAGACUGAAGGCAGGAGAAUGUUGGAGCAACCGUUACAGUACGAUCCUCAAAAUGAGUUUGAAAGUAAAAACGCACAAUAAACGACUCAUGUGUGACAGUUUGUUUUGUUAUUUUGUCUUAAAAUUUGCUUCUUCUUUUUCCCCCUACUGUCCAGCAGUGUUGUAGAUGUUGUGGCAGGGACAGGUGAUGACUUAAGACAACUAUGUCCAACAUGAAGACAGGUUAAAAAUACUCUUCUCCGUUAGGUGAAAUUUAUUUCCUCUCAUCUUUUACACUGAAAGGGAGACGGUGUCUUGUUCAAGGGCAGACUCCUCGCUCUGCUAUUGUGCCACUGCUGCUCCUAGACUAAAUAAAGCUGAGAGUCAUCAUCAUGCCCAUCAUUAUGAUUAUACCUCAGCGACAGCUCCAGCAGAUGCUUGUCUUGGCCCGUUACCAGUGGUGCCAUCAUUGCAUUCUAUACACUGGGGCUGGAGUCGAGUCAACGUGCUGCACUUGUUGUCUUUACUGUUAGGAAAAAUUCCACAGGUCUCUUUUACUGCUCGUUGGAAAAGGGCUCUAAAGUGGAUUGAGCGAUAAAGGCAGCAAGUGAAAAGACGAACACAUUCAUUUAACUUCAAAUUCAAUUUUCAGAAACAGUGUUUGAUGGUUAGGUCAGUGAUUGGUGCGCUGUGAGAGGUAUUCAGGUAAACUAUAGAAAUUGAUCCAAUGUUACUUCAAUUAACCUGAAAACUAUUUUAUAUGUGCUCUUCCACUAGGUGGCAACACAACGCAACAAAACUAAAAAAAAGAGAAAAGGAGAGACUGUGUGUCUUUCUUUAGAUCCUGUGAGUAUGUCAGCCAUGUGUUCAACUAAACAGGCCAAGGUUUCACAAUGGGUAAGUAAUCCUGCCCCAACGAGAAAGGUUUGACAGACACAUCUCUCUCGUUUUAUAAAUACAGCACUAAAAAGCUUCUAAAAUUGUUUUAACCCCAAUUGUUUGAUAUUCUGCAUGUGUAUUCAGUUCAGAGAUUAACAGACCGAAUGUUAAAUGUUCAUAAUAAUAACUUCAAAAAUGUUUGAAUGCAGAGUAAUUUAACGAAAUCCAUUAAUUAAUAUUAACUUGUCCAUGUCCAUAUGUGAAGUACCCACAAAACAGUGUGUUGCGUGCGUGCAUGUGUGGUUGUGUGUGAUUUUCCUGGCUCUGUGCUUACGUUCUCAUUCACUUCGGUAUAUACUAUGGGAGUUCAUUUUUGUCCUUAGUCUCUGGGAGUAUUUGUACUGAGUCAUCUCUAUAAAAACACACUGUAAGUGAAACAUAUUCCAGUUUCUACCCAUUCCACAUGUGUAUGAUAUCACUUGGCGAGGAAACACUAACCACACUGCAUGGCGGCUCUCAGUGAAGUCCAAUUUCCUGCACCACAUGAGGCUCUUAAUUACUGAUGAUAAGGUCGGGGGGGAAGGAGGGGCGGUGGUCUCUGCCAAGAAAAGCAUUUUCAAUGUUUCUUCAGGAAUAUUCCUUCUUGAACAGCAAAGAUUCCACGAUAUGCAUAUCAACGUGUUCCCAUGUGGCUGUGCAUUAUAGAUAUUAAUCAUGUGAUUAUAUGAAGUGUGCAGUUUGGGACCAUGGUUGAACAAGUUCAAGGAGGAGACUAAACAUGUUUGCUUGGAAAUUGAUGCAACAGUGAAUUGUUUUUGACUCAUUAGUUUGGAAACAUGGAUUACAACAUUUUUCGUCUCCAGUUUCCCCCAGUGUUUAUCAUUCAUGUGGACCACACUCUUAGUUACUCCCUUUGUAGCUCUGCUGUGUGGUUCAACUUCGACGCCUGUCUGAUAUCAGUGAAAUGCAUUAGUGGUCACUAAUGUUGUUUUCCUCCAGAUAGACAUGUGGAACUAAGGUGUUCUUACUUAUUUCCAGGUAGAGAAACCUCUAAAGACCAGUAAAAGUUCAAGAUUUAUCAUUUUUCCAAGGUUGUAGUUCCAUCUUUCACUCACAAGGUUUAUAACAUAUAUAUAUAUCACAAGUGAAAUAUUGGAGUGUGGGUUAUCUGUAAGCUCACAAGUUGAAGCAACAUUAGGUUAAAAAACAUUAGGUUAAAAAAAAUUGCAAAAGGUUUAGUAAAUAAAUAAAUAUUCACAAGUUGAGCCAUGGCGUAGUCUUAAGUUAGCUACAGAAGAAACAGCGAUAAACGAUAAACAGGGCUCCUCUCACUAGGUAAGGC